UUUAGGGCUGUAGACAGACUCGAAGCAGAUUAUGUGCACAGGUGUUUGUCCACAGGCUGCCACGCACUAUGUGGGACAGUUAGAUGGAAAAAUAACCGCAAAACAGCCCAACAGGUUUUUAUUUGAGUGCUUCUUCUAAACAGGAAGCUGCAGGAUACCUUUGCUGGUGAGUGUAAUACCUAACAACCAUAUUUGGUAAGUAUGACUGAGGUUGUUUGCACAAAAUCUCAGGAGGAAUAUGAAGAUGACUUUGAGAGGGAUCUGGACUGGUUGAUCAGUGAGGAGAGCAGGAGUGAGGACCAGGGUCCUGACUAUGAGGACAUAGAGGCACAAAUAGACAAAGAACUUGAAGAGGAUGAAAGACAACAAAGAGGGAAAAGAAAGGAGAAGAAAGGCAAAGCAGAGCAGCUGGAAGAGGAUGAAGAGAGGUGGCCUUCUCCUAUGGAGCCAUUAGAGUAUGAUUCAGAUCGAGACAGCCCAAGUAAAUCACUACCUGUAGUCCCACCUCCUUUAGAGAUUGAUGAGCAGACAGACGAGGAGAAAAAGUACAUUUUGGAGAAGAUCCAGCAGGCUAACAGGGAGCUACAGGAACAGGAAACUCCAGAUAUAACAAGAAGGAGGCGUCUUCAUUUUAAAGAGAUGCUGGUGGACUUGGUGGUGCCUCCACUCCAGUUUGACAAAAAUGGCAACAAUGGUGACGUAGAGGGGGAGAAAGUCCAAAUGGAUAUAAAAGCCAAGGAUGCAGAUGCAGAUACAGAAUUUUCAAGGAAGAUGUCUACAUUAAAACUUUCCCCUCGUGAUGAGAACAGGGUGUAUGGAGGAUCUAGCAAUGAGGAAGGACAGGGAAUGAAGGAGGGCAGAGUGCUUGUGGAAAAGGAUGGAAAAUUCGACCUUGUUAGCAUGAAAGAGGUGGAGAGUCAAAGCCUUCUACCUCCUAUAGUAAAUAAUUUCAAUGACUGUUCCCACUCCUCACCUCGUAUCCAACAGCAGACUUCAAACUCUGGAAAGAUCCACAAUUCCCUCUCUCCUUCUCGAAUCCGUGUUGGCUCUUCCUCUUUUCUCAUGGGAGCUGAUAACCUUCGGGUCCCCAGACCUCCAGCACAGCCCAGGAACAGGCCCAGUUCAGCCAACCACAGUCAGAGAAGCAUUCAAAGGAGUAACAGCAAGAGGCGGGUACAGUCUGCUACGGGAACACCCUGCCUGGCCACAUAUACCCUCUCCACCCAACAGAAAGAGCUGCUGCAGAGGAUCCAGGAGAGGAAGGAGAGGCUAGCCAGAGAGGUCAGCAAGAUGACAGUAAAUGAAACAGAACAGAGGAAGCGUGAGGAAGAGGAGCUCAAGAGGCAGGAAAAUGAACAGGCAUUUAAAGCCUGGUGGAUGAGGAAAAGAGAGCAACUUCAAGAGGAAAGAAGGAUUCAACGAGCCCAGGAGAUAGAAAGGAUGAAUUCUCAAAGAGACUCAACUGAUCCCGAUGAGGCCUUCAAGUUGUGGCUUCAGAGAAAGCAGGAGCAGCAGCAGAAGGAGAGGCAGCUCGUGGAGAUUAGGAGGCUCGAAGAGGACAGUGGUUACUUGUUACACAGUCGGGAGGAGUGUGAACGUGCCUUCAAACUCUGGCUGAAGCGGAAACGGGCGGAGAAGCGAGCAGAGCAGCAGGCGGCCCGAGAGCACUCCCGCAGGUUGGUGCUGGAGGAGCGACGGGUACGACGCAUGAGGGACCUGCUGUGCACUGUCAAUGAAACCAAACCCUUCAGGUUCACCGAACAGCUGGCUUACCGCUUCUAAACCAAAUAAUACAAUAAACAUGUCCUCUGGUUUCGCAUCUCAAUACAUAGAUUUGACUUAAUUUUAUUUCAGCAGUCUGUUCAUACAAUUCAUCCAUGAGAUGAGGUGUGAAAUAUGAGGGACGUUUACUCUAAGGUUUGUUUGUUUUGUUUCUAUUUCAUUGCUGAGUUAAAGCCAGUUAUACCACAGUGACCUCUUCUCCGUGUAAAUAUAUCCAGGUAAAAAUAAAACUCCAGUCUAAACAUUAA